GAUGUCUUCCAGCUUUUCACAUUGCACGAUAUCUCCUUCGAUUUCUGUUCUAUUUCCGCCCUCCUUUAUUUCAUGUCCUACUUGAUGGAUCUUCGAUUCCCUUGUUUGACGGUCCCACGUGGUCCCACGUGAUGGCCUAUCUUAUUGCCGAGGUUGCAUGGACGGAAGUGUGGAUAUGCGACUAAUCCAUCCUCCCAUUUGAUUCCUCAAAGCGAACUUCGGUUGGCUAAACAGGCAAAUCUAUCGCCAUGCAAAUAAGACAGAAAAAGAAAAGCAGGAUGGGUCCCUGUUCCUCAACUGCGCCUAUUCAUCGACUGCACUGCGCAACAGAUACUAUAUAGAAAUGUCACCUCCACAUUCCGAACUCUUCGAGGAAGCGAUCAAGGUCACUCCUCUGACUUCGCAUACAUACUCGGCGCAUUUACACAAGGACUGGUGUAUCGGAAAUGGUAACUUGAAAUGUUUCCUUUGGUUCGUGCAUGAUCAUCAUUAACCUCGAUUUAGUCCCCCAUGGAGGUUAUACGGCAGCCAUCCUCUACCGCCUGGCCACCACGCAUUUCGCUCGAUCCGAUGCGUCGCCCUACCGAUCUAAACCCGUCCUACCGAUCUCCUUUCAAUUAACCUUUGUACGGGCGACACAAGUCGGACCGGCCACGUUAUCCGUUGAAGACGUCAAAUUCGGCGCGCGAACGAGUACUAUUCAAGUAACGCUUUCGCAGGAUGCAGCGUCCAAAGGACCGCAAACUAAAGCGGUGGGAUACAUAACGGUCAGUCCGGCGGAGGCAGAUCAGGAAGGCCCUGUGGUGAGCGGGAAUUCGACCCUGCAGCCAAUCCCACCGCCAGGUUCAAAACCGGACGGCGGGAUCGAUUUUGCUACCCUGGCGGAACAGGGUAGAGAUGGUCCAUGGACACGAUUCCCCGCAAUUCCCGCAAUGGCAGUCUCUCAGCAUUUGGAGCUCUUUGGAGCUCUACCGCCAUCCACUGUGCAGGAGCGCAUCAAUACCACCGUGGAUCAGUGGGCGCGGUUUCGUCCCGGUGGCCAGACUCCUGCCCGAUGGACAGACGAGGCGGUAAUGUGCUUACUCGAUCUGUUUCCGAUGGCGUUGGAUAGACUGGGUGCCAUGGCAACCUCCGCCUGGGCUAGCACCCACGACCCAGAAGACAAACAGAGCCGUCCACCGGGUCCCUUCUGGUUCCCUACGGUGGCUUUCAACGUGGAUUUAAAAAAAUCCCUCCCUCCCGACGGAGCUGGCUGGUUACAUAGCCGUGUGGUCACAAAAUCCUUUCGCGCCGGACGGGCUGACCUUGGCGUGGAGAUCUUUGACCAGAAUGGAGAGUUGGUCGCCAUCAGCUCCCAGGUUUGUAUGGUGGUCGGAUACGAGCGAAAUUUGAAGAAUGGGAAGCGCACCCAGCCGGCGCAAGGGAAAUUGUAAAGUAAGUAGAUUAGACAAUAGAUGUGCUAGAUACCACGCUAGAAUGAUCUCACUUUUGCCGCCUUAUCAUCACGUAUUUGGUUGAGGAUUCUCACUCUUAUCCUUCGAGACCAUCAUGUUCGUGCGGUAGACACAAGACAGACGAUCGCACAACUUCCAUGGUGUAGGACGACCCAUGCAACAGACUUCGGAGAAAACAAGAACAAACAAAUUUUAAGUGAAUAUCUGUCAAAUUUCCGCCAAGGCUUCACUUAUGGCUUCGACGUGGUGUUGGUGUUGGCCACGUCGAAGGAACCCACUUGGGGGUAAAAAAAGAAACGGUGGUCCAUGCUGUCGAUUCGUAUUCGUACCCGCUGCCAAAUCGGUCCAUCUGAGCCAUCAUGCAGGCAACAGGACCAUCUUUUAUCUUCUGCAGAAUGUGCAGACAUCUUCUGGACCUUUUGAAAUCCGAAUGUCCCAUAUUAUUUGUGUUUCUGCCAUAUCUUACAAGGCAGAUACAUCAUGACCAUCAUCCGGUUAACAAUUCCUUCCCUGCAGGCUUAUGAAGUUGUCAGCCUUCAGAGGACACAAGAUGAAUUACUGGAGUCAGGGUUGAAG